GCGGUUCUGAAAGAAGGUGCGCCGCCAUGGCGCCGGUGGGAGAGAUAAACGUCGUUCCGAGCGGAAAGGUGUACCGACAGAUCUUUGAUGCCGAGGUUCAGCUGGUCCGAUCGCUUCACGAAGCAAGAAACCGAGUUCCGCAGUAUGGCACCUCCAUGGACAGCGGGGAGAUCUAUGUUACUGACACGGAGACGCGGCCCGUGUGGGAGGACAGCACGUCACCCGUGUGGCGCAGAGAGACAUCCCCGUGCAAGAAAAGACGUGAAAGUGAGGUCACGGCGGCCGCCAGAGAAGUGCGAGGCCUGCGCGAUAGGAUAGGUAACGAGAAGAAAGACAGCGGAAUCCUUCAGCGAAUAGCCGCCAACAGACAAGAGCGGCAUGACGCGGCCUUGUCUGAACUGCACAAAGAAUUAGCCGCCAUUAGCAAGGAAACAGAAGCCCUUGUUUUGGAAACCGGUUGGAAUCUCCAAGAACAGCUUUCCGAAUCCGAUAAAAAAAUCGACCUCUUGUUCGGGCAGACGGAAGACAGCGUGAACAGCACGGGUUUUACAUCCAAAGAUCUAGAGGAAUUUUGGGCCGAGGUUGCUGAAGAGUCACGCUGCCGAAGGCGUCGGGUCAAAGAGACCGAGAGGACGUUAUUUGAGCUGGAGGAAAAACGAGCCCGUGGUAUUGCGGACGUGUUGAAGAAAUCCACACGUCUUUUAAUAGAGAUUUACUACCUGAUGCCGUCCGAUGUCUACAGGCUGAUACAUGAAGAAGCCAUGAUGAUAAACCAGGCUAUAUUGGCAAAUCACCGGGCGGUUGCCAAACUCUCGAUCAAUCUGAUGGAGGCUGAACUGAAAAAGGAGAAUUCACAGCGUCUCCGGUGGCAAGAUAUGAGCAAGGCGUGGAAAUGUUACCAACAGGAGAAUAUCGUUGUCGAGUUCAGGGAAUAUGUAAACAAUGAAGUGAGAUUGGCCCCCAUUAGCUUGGAGAAAGAGGUGGAUGCAUGGAUUGCGUCGCUCAAGUCCCUUAAUGAGAAAAGGAUGGAGAUUCUUUCUUCAAUCAGUAACUUUGUGCCUCCAGUAUGCACCAAGACGGAAGUGAGCGAGUGGUACACAUCCAUCACAGCCCUGACCAAGCAAAUAGAGUCUUUGAACAAACAAUUUUUAGACCGAUCCAUUAACUUCCAGAAGGAAGUCUACCAAAAAUGGGUCAAGGAGUCUAAAAACAGGAGGGAUCAACUGGUGUCCCUGAAUAUCUGCAACACGGAGGAGGCUGAAAACCUUAUAUCCAGCGAACUCCGCGCACUAACGCAAGGGCUCCAGAGCAAGCACAAUACGGACCAAGAGCAGUGGGAGGCAUCUCUGAAAACAUUGGAGCGACAGACGGAUCUUCAAAUCAAAAAGUUGCUCAAGUUCUCAAAGAAAGCGGUCCACCUCUGGGACGUGUUGGAAAUCAGCCUCUCCAGAGAAAACAACAGUUUUCAGGACAAAAUGGAAAACCGUCGACAGAAGUAUGAUAGGGAGAGCCAGGAAAAGGAAGUAAAUUUGGGUAUAAUUCUGGAUACGCUGAGACAAGAGAGCACUCGAGAACGCUUGCAGAGCAUGAUGGGGAAGGCUCUGGCAUCCUUGAAAGACAUCAAAGCUGGGUACGAAAGGUUUCACAAGGACCAAAUAAAAAUGGUGAACACCUUCCCUGCGUUGGUUAUGAAGGAAUUGAUAGCCUAUAGCACCGCUGUCAGCAAAUAUUUUUGUGUCAAGGAAGUCUUUGGACAGGGUGGUCGUUCAAACAUUUGUGAACAGCAGAUCACGGGUCAAGCCAACGAGGGUGCAGGUUCUCCACCAGUUGGCGUGGCUUCUGGAAGCUUGGAAGAUAUUCCUCGGGGUGAGACGGUGUAUCACACUAAAGCUGUGGAGAAUCAGCCAGUAGAAGAAACUGACUCGAACGUAGAGGACAAGGGUUCAAAGGAAUCCCCGGAGGGAGACACAGGGAGACAAGACACUGAAGAGUUACCAACAGGGUCUGGAGAGGAGCUUCAGGAGAACCUAGAAGGAAAUUCAAUUCAACCAAAUGGGGAGCAGCUUUUUCAGGAUUCUGAAAGUCCAGGAAAGCCAACUGAGGCUAUACCACCAAUAAGUGACGGACCUGCAGCUCAGGACGCGGCAGAGAUCUUCACUACAUCCAGCGGAAACACCUACACUGUUCUUCGCUCAGAGCAAAAUGAUGACGUUGAACACAAGGUCUCCUUCGAUGAACAGGCUGGGAUUACAGAAGCAUUUAUGACUGAAGCAAUGAUAGAGGAUUAUAUCCCCUCGAACCUGGAAGUAAUGGCUAUACCGGAGAACUUCUUUACAGAACUGAAGGAAAAAAUCCGGCUUGGCUUCUUCGAGCACCUCGAACGCUGGCUGGAUGAAUCCGUUUCCAGGUCCCACAGUGUUGUAGUGACAAUGAAGGAAAAGUUGGAAUCCGAGCUGAAAGUGUUCUAUCAGAUACACGAACCGAGAAGCAAGCGUAUAGAGAUGGAUAUCCAUAACGUGCGUGCCGCCGAGCUUCUCCUGCACGAUGAACGCGUUGACCUCCACUGCGAUGGGGUGACCCAGUCUCUCAACCAGCUGAAAAACCGAUGCUCUCUGCUCAUAGAGGACAUUAAACGAAAGACCACGGAGUUCUGCAACGAGAUAAGCGGCAUGGAAACUGUAUUCCUCAACUCCAACAAGUCCAACAAGCUUGUUGCGCUGAACAAUUCUCUUCCCUCCAUGUUGGACCGGCAUGUAACCGAAAUCAAGACUACCAUACGAAACUAUCGGCAACGCGUCGAAGAAUCCCUCGGGACUCUGCGUGACACUAAUUCGGAUUUUAUCAACUCCUUUCGAUUAUUCUCGGAAGGCGGUAACUUUUCUCCCGAUGAAAUUGAAAUCCUCCGUAAUAAAAUCCACAAAGCCUCAGCCACCAUUGCAUCGUUUGAAGGGUCCAUUAUAUUAGACCUGGAGGGGCUUGAAUCUGUAUGUUUACAACAGGCAACGGACGUCGUCAAAAGAUUCGAAGACAAGUUUCUCUCUUUAACUACAGACAUGAUUUUUCUAGAAAACAUCCAGAGAGUGCUGACUAACCUUCAAGUGAAAAUUAAAGUGCUGGUUACAGACAGCAAUUCUCAAUCUCAGCGGAUUAACACCUACCUGGACCAGCUCCGGAAGAAGACAGAUGCCUGCGCCCAUCCUAAUAUCGAUAAAGAAGGAGUGACCAGUGAUCAGCUGUACGCCUUUUCCAAAACUAUAAUGUCAGAACUGGCCAAGAGAAGCUUUUUUCUGUCGUGCCUUGUGGAACCCAGGCCGGUUCUUUCUGAAACUCCUUUGCAAGGACCUAUAGCAGCAGCAGCGUCUCGCUUGGAGGUCCCGCUGCGUCAGGAAAGCAGGGUCGCUUUGGAGACCCCGGAUAACCUUCUAAAUCCAAGCAGAAUCGGGAAGCUGGCUGUGGAUGACGCUGUAGUGAACGUGAUCAAGAACAUCAUGAAAUCACAGAAAACAGUAGGGGAUUCACAACACGGCCCGGACAAUGUAAGCAGCAAUCAGCCUGAAGAAGGAGUUCAGCGGCCGAAUCCUCCCAUUAUACCCCAUCCACCAUCCCGACCCACUAGUGAUGCCUUAAGUAAAAGGAAAGCCGGGAAAAAACACAUGAAAACCAGCACUCCAAAACAUCCACCAAUCAACAUUCGAAAACUUGUAAAACCUACCAGAUUUGACGAGAAAUACCAAGUGUUCGGGGAGAAGAAAGAGGAAUCUGAAAAUUUUAAAGGGAUGGUGACUGCGAUUCUCUGGGAGGGCAACGACGCGCUGCUGUAUACGGCGGAGGAGUUCUAUAAAAAGAAAGAUAAGCGUACCGCCAGCCGCCCCGACCUCCUACAGAAGACGUUUGAAGAGUGUGCGGACAUGGUGGUCUUAAAGCUUCAAUCAUACGAGAAGCAAGCCCAGGAGUAUCAUAACAACUGCUUAAUGGAGUUCAGGGAGCAGCUGGAACGGUUUGAGAAACUCUUAAGUGAAGUCCCCUCGUUGGUCAUAGAGGAUCUACGGAGACAGCAUCUGCACAAUCUACAAACCAUCACUGACCAGAUCCGACAACUCUUCAGAAAGGACUUCGACAGAUGGGACCUUCUGAAGGAGAAGAGAAAGAACUUGCUGAGGCCAAGUCUGGGACAUCCCGAAAACAGCGAGAUUCUGGAGGACUUGUGCCGACAAGAAGAGCUGAGGCAAGAAGAAGAGACUCGAGGGAUUGAGGACAGAGCCAAAAAUUUACACGACUGUGCUUUGGAGUGCAGAGAAAGCUUUAUCGCAUCACUGGCUUCACUGACGGAGACAAUGUUACUAGAGUUUGAUGAAGCACUUACGGUGGACGAUGUCGUUCAAGCCAAGACCAAGACGCCAAAGGAGAAAUUAUCCACGUUGAUCCGACUCAAGCAGGCAGGACUUCCCUUGGAAAACGCGGAAUACCAACCACUGAUUGAGCGUGGCAGCAGGGUCUGGCCAGGAAUUCUGCACGUCAAGUCCUCAGACGCAAAGCAUGAAGACACCUCAGGUUUCCAGUCAACGGCCACAGUGACCACCGCUAAGACAACUCUCAGCCACCUGUCCACAGUGGAGUCUCGGGAUUCUGCUUACAAGAAAUUUAUCCAGGACACAGAAACUGAGCUGGCUAAAAUUAAGGAGGAGAAGGAACAGCAGUUCUGUGAAGCUCAGCGCUGGAGGGAAUGGUGGAGACAAUCCAUUCAGAAAAUAAAAGAAUUGUACCUGUGAACGCCGCCUUACAAACUAUGUUUUAUUAUUC